AUGUCGAAAGCAUCUGGAUCCGAAGAUGAACCUCUGGUGCCAGAUGAUUUUGAUGAUGAUUAUUACCGAGAACUGGGUGACAAGAUACCCGAGGCGACCAAGGCGCUGCGUCAAAAAGAUACACCAAAUAAUGCCGACAAUGUGCAACGUCUGCUAAUCUGUGGCACUCGCUAUAAAAAUGAUUUGCGGUUAGAGCAGUCACGCUGUGAAGAGCUAAGGCAGGAGAUCGAAGGACUUCACGGUCGCUUGGAGAAUGCAGCACGGGUAAGCAAACUUGAUUUGGCAACCAUCGAAGAGCUACGAGGAGUAAUAGAGGGAGCCUGGAAGCAGAAAGAUGCCGCCCAAAUACGAGAACAAACAGCCCAGGAUGAGGUGCUUAGUUUGCGUGAGAAACUGGAUGAAUCCGAGCAGAUGGUGGUCCACUUAAACGAGAAGCGUUUGGCCAUGAGUAGUAAACGAGAUGAUGGCAAGGAACGUGAACGUCUCAACAAUGAAAUAAAGGAUUUGAAUAAGCGUUUGCAAUUGCAAAGAACCUACUCGGCAGAAGUGGAGGCUACCAUAGAAGGACUAGAGGGCAAGAAUAAAGAGCUCCUAAAACUGCUAGAUGAAACUUCGGCCGAUGCCUGCAAUUUAAAGCGCAAAAGUGACAGCCUCACCAAGGAACUAAGCAGCAUGAAAACUGACGAGGCCCGCUACCAGGAACAAAUCGCCCAAAUGAAAUCCGCCAACGAGCAUCUCACCAAAAUUAAGGUCCGUCAGAAUCUACAGAUUCUAUCGUUGAAAACGAAUCUGGAGCAUCUGAAUACACAGCACAACGCCACUAACAAUAAGUUGGCAAAGAUCACAGUGGAUCUAGAGUACACGGUGCAGGAGCGGGACAAGAACAAGCGUGCUCUCAAUCAGCGUAUUAAUCUGCUAAAGUUGCGCGAAGACGAACUAAUCAAGAUACGCCAGGACAAUGGAAAACUUGCCAAAUCCCAGGAAACAAUUGCCCGUAAAUAUGCAGGCCUGGAUGAGUCCAAGCGUGAGGUCGAGCAAGACAAUAUUCGACUCAGGACUCAACUAGGCACCCAGGACAAGGAAUUGGAGUCUAUGCGACGCGUCGUUCAUCAUUUUGAGAAGAACAACGAGCAAUUGACCAAAGAGCGGGACUCUCUAAGGCGUAAUCUACAGGCUGAACACCAGGCGGCCGAACAGAGCAGCGCUUUACAUCAGGAGUCGCAGCAUGAGGUUCGGGCUCUCAAGGACACCAUCAGUAAUAUGGAUUUGAAAAUGAAGAAACUCAACGAAGACAUGUCCAAGUUGAAAAAAGAAAAGACAAAAAAGCUUGAAGAAAUUCAGCACUGGAUCGACAAGAUCGAUGCCCUGCAGAAUGAAAUGCACUUGAAAGAAAAUUAUGAGAUCGAAUUGAAGCGCACUAUAAGUGAUUUGGAAACGAAAUGCGCCAAGUUUCAGCAGCAACACGAUGUCCUAGUUACCGAACGACAAGGACUACAACGCAAUCUUCAGGCCGCCGACGAGGAAAGGCAAAAGCUACGCGACCAUACAGUGAAUCUCCAAGCCGUGAUUGAGAAACUCAAGGGAAAGAUUGGUUAUCGUGAUGCGGAAUUGGGUAAACUGCAGCUGCAAAUCGAUCGAAUGGAAAAGGAACGUCGAUUGCUUCGCAACGAUGUGCGACAUGCCCAGCUGGGACAGCAGCAUACCAAGGCAGAACUGUUGGACAAACGGAAGGAGAAUGAUCGUCAUGCAAGAUCGUUGCAGGAAGACGAACAGCGGCUGGCGCGCAUGGGUCGGGAAGUGGACAAUUUAAUAAACGAGAAGAACACAAUAAGUGCGUCAUUAACCAAGCGAAAUGAGGAAUACGAUCGCUUGCGGCAUAAUCUAGAAAAUUUGCAAACGGCUCACGAUCAGGCGGAACGCCAGUGUGGUCAAUAUCAAGAUGAUAUACGCCUAAUGGGCGUGGAGAUAAAAAAUUUACGCACAGAGCGUGAUGUUUUGCGAGCGGAUCGCGAGAGUGCUGCCGAUCUGCGACAGGAACUGCUUCAAAUGCACCGAAUGCUCAAUCAGGAACGAAUCAAGGCUCGUGCCCUUCAGGACGAAAUGGUCACACCGAUGAAUGUUCAUCGCUGGCGUCUGUUGAGUGGCAGAGAUCCAGAGAAAAUGGACCUCCUUGAUAAAAUACAAAUACUCCGAAAGCAACUGCUGGCUCAAAGUGUCAGUUCUAUGGAGCAAGAGCGGGCCCUGAAUGAAGCCCAACAACUGUAUGCAGCAUUGAAAGAGUUUAUGCUAAAGCUACCCAGUCACAAAGUGCAAGCAGAAUUGAACCGGGUUAAGGCAUCGCUCAGUGCCAGGGAUCGCAAGAUGAAAGUUCUCAAGGCCGAACUGAGUGUUAAAGAGGCCGAUGAAAAAUCCAACCUCGUCCAGCUGGAGGAGAUGCGAACUAAUCUUUCUCAGACAAAGGUACAACUGCUGGAGGAGAAGAAACGAAAGCAGAAAUUGCUAGAGGAACGUAUGAUUUUAGAACAAAUGCAAUCCCAGUGCUACUCGGCACCAUCCCAAUUGCCAAGAACUUUGGGAGCUGGGUUUAAAAUGGUUAGCACCUUAAUAUAA